AUGGAUAAUCAAGGACGGAAAGUUAUUGUUUGUGACAAUGGAACUGGGUUUGUCAAGUGUGGAUAUGCAGGUGCUAAUUUUCCUGCUCAUAUAUUUCCAUCGCUAGUAGGACGGCCAAUCAUUAGAGCAGUGAAUAAAAUUGGAGACAUUGAUGUUAAGCAAGAUCUUUGCGUUCGUGAUUUGAUGGUCGGUGAUGAAGCUAGUAAACUACGUUCAUUGUUGGAAAUUAGUUAUCCUAUGCAAAAUGGAAUUGUUAGAAAUUGGGAAGACAUGUGCCAUGUUUGGGAUUACACAUUCGGACCAGAAAAAAUGAAUAUUGAUCCACAUGAAUGCAAGAUCAUUGGAGUUGUAGUUGACUCUGGUGACGGUGUAACUCAUAUUUGUGCUGUUUAUCACGAGUGUGCACCAUGUCAUUUAAUUAAAAGACUGGAUGUUGCUGGCCGGGACAUAACAAUGUAUCUUAUUAAGUUAUUAUUAUUACGUGGUUAUGCAUUUAAUCAUUCAGCUGAUUUUGAAACUGUCAGAAUGAUGAAAGAAAAGUUAUGUUAUAUCGGAUACAAUAUUGAGACAGAAGAAAAAUUAGCUGUUGAAACUACUGUCCUCGUUGAAUCUUACACUUUACCCGACGGACGUGUGAUAAAAGUAGGUGGUGAAAGAUUCGCUGCACCUGAAGCGCUAUUUCAACCGCAUUUAAUAAAUGUUGAAGCACCUGGUAUUGCUGAGCUAGUAUUUAAUACAAUUCAAUCAGCAGCUAUUGAUAUAAGAAGUGAAUUAUAUAAACACAUAGUAUUGAGUGGUGGAAGUACAAUGUACCCAGGCUUACCAUCUAGAUUGGAGCAAUUAACUAAAAAUCGUGAUUCAUUUUGGAUUACUAAAGAAGAGUACGAGGAAAGAGGAUUAAAGGUCUUGGAUAAAUUAACGACUUAUGAUAAGUGA